AUGGCAGCUAUUCAGUUAGUACUAGUGUACUUUCAGGUAAUGUUGUUGUUGUGGUCAUUUGAUGAUCCAUCGCUUAUUGCAGAAGCACAAGCUAUGGAAAACCCUGAAAUUUGUCCAAGUGCCUGUGGCAAUGUUAGCAUUCCAUAUCCAUUUGGAAUGAGAGAAGGUUGUUACUGUGACGAAAGCUUAGAAAUACAUUGCAACUCUAGUAAUAUUCCCCUACUUUCAAUAAACGGCACUGAUCUGGUAGUGACAGACAUUUCGGUUGGUGACAGCACCAUUACGGUCAACUUUCCAAUUGUCUUUGCAAACUGUGAUGGCAAAGAAAGAAACACCGUUGUUGACUUGGGAGGAAGCCCUUUUGUUUUCUCCUCAGAUUUGAAUAACUUCAUUGCAAGUGGCUGUGACAACCUUGCCUUGCUGAUUCAGAACCAGUCAGCAGUUGGUGGGUGCAUGUCAAUCUGUGAUCAUGAAAGAAGCAAUAACUACUUAUUGAGUAGUUGCAGCGGCAUCAACUGCUGCCAGACUAGCAUUCCUUCAUAUCUCAAGGUUUAUAAUGUAACCUUGGAAGGGGUAAAUGAUGGGAAAGGUCCUGGAAAAAAACAGCCGGCGAAGAAAUGCAGGCAUGCCUAUUUAGUUGACGGAAAUUGGAUGGAUAAUAGAGUGUAUGGUUGGAGUGGAAGCAUAAUGACCUCUUAUGACAUUAGAGAUAUGGACCAUGUUCCAGUAGUGCUGGAUUGGGGGAUAGAAUUAAGGUUACUUGAGACUAAGAAUACUUAUUCAACAGCGCCAUUUUACCUAACCAGUUCCCUUUCCCUAUCCGCUCAUAAUUGCUUGACUUGUGCAGGAAUUGGAGUGGGAUUUGGAGCGUUGUUUUUACUCAUUGGUUUGUGGCAGUUGUACAAGGUAUUCAAGAGGAGGAGGAAUGAAAGACUGAGGGAAAGAUACUUUAAAAGGAAUGGUGGUUUAUUGCUGCAAGAACAACUAUCUUCAGGUGAAGUCCAUGUUGAGAAAGUCAAAUUGUUUGCAUCCAAAGAAUUAGACAAGGCCACAGAUCACUACAACGUGAAUAGAAUGCUUGGCCAGGGAGGUCAAGGUACAGUUUACAAAGGGAUGUUGGCUGAUGGAAAAAUCAUCGCUGUUAAGAAAUCCAAAAUUCUUGAUGAAGGGAAUCUCAGACAAUUUAUCAAUGAGGUGGUCAUUCUGUCACAAAUUAACCAUAGAAAUGUGGUUAAACUUUUGGGCUGUUGCUUGGAGACUGAAGUUCCAUUGUUGGUCUAUGAAUUCAUUCCUAAUGGGACACUUUCCCAGCUUCUCCACUCCCCAAGUGACGAACUCCCAUUUACUUGGGAAAUGCGCUUAAGGAUUGCAACAGAGGUAGCAGGGGCACUCUCCUACCUACACUCAGCAGCUUCCAUCCCCAUUUAUCACAGAGACGUCAAGUCUACGAACAUACUGCUUGAUGACAAGUACAGGGCAAAAGUAGCAGAUUUUGGGACUUCAAAGUCCGUAACCAUCGACCAGACUCAUGUCACAACUCUAGUACAAGGCACCUUUGGAUACUUGGAUCCAGAGUACUUUCAAUCAAGCCAGUUCACAGACAAAAGUGAUGUGUAUAGCUUCGGUGUAGUCCUCGUCGAGCUACUCACUGGACAAAAGGCAGUGUCCUUUUGCAGAUCGGAGGAUGAAGCCAGAAGUUUAGUGACAUAUUUCCUUAUGUCCAUAGAGGACAACCGUCUGUCAGGAAUUCUUGAUCCUCAAGUUAAAGUUCAAGGCAGGAAGGAGGAUAUAAUGAUGGUUGCUGUCUUGGCUAAGAACUGCUUGAGCAUGAAAGGAAAAGAAAGGCCUGCAAUGAAAGAAGUUACCAUGGUGUUGGAGGGCAUCAGAAACUCACAUGAGUGUCAAAAAUCAGCGAAGGAUUUUAUCAUUCCGCAAGAGAUCGAUUAUGAUGCAAACGAUUUCAUGGAGGUACCUUGGCACCUAGUUUCUGUCACAGCAGAUUCUGAUUGA